AUGUUGCUGAGGCUGCUGUUGCUGCUGCUGCCCGUGCUGUGGGGAGGAGCCCUGGCUAAGGAUUCAAGCUACUGGCUGGAACUACAGGAGUCUGUGACAGUGCAGGAGAGUCUGUGUGUCUCUAUGCCAUGCAAGUUUUCCUACCCCUGGGUGUCCUCUAAAUACCUGUACCAGCAUUGGUUCAAGAUAGAAAGAAGUAAAAAGCGUGGUCUUCUAGUGGCCACAAACAAUCCAGAAAAGAAGCUACAGGAGAGGACCCAGGGCCGGUUCUUGCUCCCCGUGGACCCCGAGCCCGAUGACUGCUCCCUGACCAUCAGAGAUGUCAACACGAGGGACAGUGGGACCUACUUCUUUCAAAUAGAAAAUAAUAUGGACUAUGAACAUACAUAUGAAGACCAAAUGCUCUCUCUGAAAGUGACAGCCCUGACGGACAAACCUGACAUACUCAUCCCAGGGCCCCUGGAGUCCGGCCGCCCCAAGAAACUGAACUGCUAUGUGCCCUGGGCCUGUGAGGAGGGCACGCCCCCCAUCUUCUCCUGGACAUCAGCUGCUUACACCUCCCUGGACCCCAGGUCUCAUCAUCUCUCCUCCGUGCUCACUCUCACCCCACGGCCCCAGGACCACGGCACCAACCUCACCUGUCAGGUGUAUUUUCCUGCCACUGGUGUGAGUGUGGAGAGAACCAUCCGGCUCAAUGUGGCCUAUGCUCCACAGAACAUGGCCAUCCGCGUCUUUCAAGGGAACAGCACAGCCCUCAAGAUUCUGAAAACCACAUCCCUUUCCAUCCUGGAGGGAGAGGCCCUGAGGCUGCUCUGUGAGGCUGACAGCUACCCCUCUGCCAAGCUGAGCUGGUUCCGGGGGUCCCCAGGCCUGCACGCCACCCCCCUCUCCAGCACCGCGAUCCUGGAGCUGCCUCGCGUGGGGCCUGCACAGGAAGGAGAGUUCACCUGCCAAGCUCGGCACCUGCUGGGCUUCCAAAGCGUCUCUCUCAGCCUCUCUGUGGUCUGGGGUCACUGGUCGCUGCAGCUGGUCCUGAGGUCAGCCGUGGUGCUGCUGGUUCUGGGCCUGCAGCUGAAACACAACCGAGGCCUCGAUGAGUUUGACGGGGUUCAGAACCUCCUUCUCCUGAACGCUUAA